AUGUCCCGAAACGUACGGCAAAAAUUCCCGAGACCCCCGGCCAAGACUACAAAGCGCCGGGGCUCGGACUCGUCUUCCUCUUUGAACCUCUCGUCCGAUGACGGUUAUUCUGGAGUGGACGAGAUUAGCGAUUCCGAAGACGACGACGAGGAGAAUGUCGUUGCGGCCGAGGAGGAGCACAUUAUUCACCGAGAGCUGCGUCAGAAGGACGAUGCUUCGGGCUCUCCCCGGCCGGGUCAGAACGACGACGAUGACGCUGAUGAAGAUGGAGACGGAGACGAAGAAGACAAUGAAGACAUUGAAGCAGUAGAUGACGAGGACGGUCAGGAGGAUGACGAAGAUGCCGACGACAGUGCAAGUGCCAGCUGGGAUGGUAUACUGUCAGACAUCGAUGACAGUGCAGCCUCUGACCCCCAUGCAAACAAUUACAUCCUCGACCAGGAUGACAGCACAUUUGAACGUCAUGUUCGUUUCGUUGGUGUCCCUGAUAGCGACUCGGACUCUACUGACUCCGAAACCACGGGGGAUAUUGAGGAGUUUUUCCCGGACAUUUUCGUAGCACAGGAGUCCCUGGAUAACAACUUCCGACGUGAAAUCGAAGAAGACCCGGAUGACUCUUCCAACUCGGGGUCCUACUGGGACUUCCACAGUGCUUACGGCAAUUUUGCCGUUGACUCCGAGCUCGAGGACGUCUUCCAGCAGGCAUGUGACGACGACACCCCCGUAGCCACCCCAGCACCAAGCCAGGGGACUGCAGAGGUGUCUACACCAGUUGCGUCAGCUGAGGAAGCCCAAGAGCUAGAUGGUUACGAAACCGACGGAGAUACCACCGAGGAAGACGUUCCGGAGCCGCCUAUAGUGCGCAAGAAGCAGCUCCGCCGUUCCCAGCAAUUGGCGGACGAGUCCGAAUCAGACACCGACAGACCUAUUAGGUUCCGACGUGGUAAGCCACGUGUCGGCCGCUUCAACCUCGAUAGUUCAGAGAAGAAGCCCAUCUGUGUCGUCAAUCCUAUCUCUCGCAAGAUGAUGAUAUUUACCCCACAGCGCUUGCGUCGCCUUGACCUAUCACCGGAGUCUUUCAACUUCGAUUUCUUCACUAAUCCUGACACUACUCAGUCAUCGCCCAUUCUUAGCAACUCUGCCUCUCUGAUGAUGGGCGCCAUGUUCUCGUCAAAUACUUUUGGAGACUUCAUGAACACCCAAGCCGUCGGUCCUGCUGAGGCAUUCUUUUCCCUUCCUUCCGACGCUGUUACCGGAGACGGUAGUGACGAAUCCGAAAUUGAUGACCCGGAAGACGAAGAAGAGAGAAACCUGAAGCUUGAGGACUUCAUCACCUUCGAAGAGCAUUCUUCCGACGACGAGCAGGAGGACGAUGGCAAUUGGUUGGAAGAUGCCAGCAUUGCCUCGAGCCCCAUUCGUCGCCCAUCCACUGCUGCCAGCGGCUUGAGUGAGACGAACAUGGAGGCGCACCCUCUUCUCAGUCAUUUUGAGAACAAUGCCAACGCCGUGGGCGCCUUCCGCCGCAACCAGAUCAACCAGCAACUCAUCUUCAGCGACAAGGCAACCCAAGAAUCUCUUGCUUUCUCCAGCCCCUAUCACCAUGGUACUCUUCGCGGCAUCAAGAAUGGCAGUUUGGAGACUGUCACUACACCGAUCACUCCUGUGCGCCGCCAGAAGAAAAGUGUCAGUAGCUUGAACCCCGUCAAUGAAUACGCCCGCAGCCCGCUGGAGACUAUGUCGCAAAAGAGAAAGGCUUCGGGUGGUGUUGGUGAAGGCAUGAGCAACCACAAACGCCAAAGGAGCAUCUCGGACGUGAAGGUUCUGAAGAUAUAA